AUGCCUCGCGAUCAUGUGACUGCCGCUAGAGAGGAGCUCCUCACCACCCACAUCAUGAGAUUCAUAGGAAAUUUGUCCUCGGCAUUCGAGUCGGAAGACUUCCGGAACAAGACACACGAAGAGAAGGACGAGUAUUUCAGAGGCUGCGCCAAUGACCCUGUCCUGGAGCAGCGCCUGAAGGAGCUGGAUAGACUCGAGGAGGAGAACAGGAAUGGACUCGUUGACGAGGACAUCGAGCAAAAGGACCUCAGGAAGUAUGAGCUCGCCCAGGCCGCCAAAAAUCUCUUCUCUCCCAUCGAGCCCGAUCCGUCCGACCCACCCGCGCCAGGCUCAUUCGACGCGCUAGGACCAGAGAUCUGGGCGCGCGUCCUCAGCUUCCUCGUCCCGCCUACUCCCAAGCCCCUUUCUGGAGUCACGAAGAGGGAGUAUGCCUAUCUCGCCAAUCAUCCCGAUGCUGGCUUGAAGGGCAUGUACAAGGAUAUGCCGGAGGAGGGCGAGGCGGGGACUACGUCCAGGCGGGAUAUACGGGCUAGGGAGCUGGCUGUGCUUAUGCGAACCAGUAUUGCGUUCAACUUUCAAGCCGCUCGCCACCUCUACAGGGACGUCAUCACGGACAACCUUCCCGGCCUUACCUACAAUAUCGACUAUCCCUCCGCCCAUUCCCAGAUCGAGAGUAAGAAUCAGCUCCUCCGUCGCAUCCGGACCCUCCGGCUCGAGUACGGCCAAAAGGAGGACGACACGAAUUACGUCGAACUCAUGGAGUCGUCCCUUAGGUUCUCCUUUUUGGGCGAGCUCAACCCGGCGGUGGACACCAUCCAACAAGGCACGAACGAAGCGGUGCGGAUCUCGCACUGCCUGGCGGAUAUGCAAGGAGGCAAGGUGCGGUUUCCCGCUCUCACCCACCUCGCCAUGUGCUCGGUUUUCGGCGGACACGAGUCUCUCUGGGAUGGGGUCACCUACCCCGAGAGCGGCUUCGUCUUCCACGGAGGCGACGGUACUCAGCCGUCCAUCGCCGACCUCGUCACUAUGUGCCGGCAGUCAAUCAUGCUCAUCUUCCGCGCCUCCCCCCUCGUCCACUAUUGCCAGCGCAGCUAUACCGGCCCUCUCUCCCUUCCCGCCGUAUUCGACUGGGAUGACGCUUUCCCCGCCUCUCGUGGCAAAAAGCACCCUUCGUCCCGCCAUCUCGGAAAGCUACCCCGCGCGGACUUCCUUCCCGCCGCUACCAUCCCCCUCUUCACCAUGCACCUGCGCACCGCAUCGGUCAAUAACGUCGGCGCGUCCCCCAUCCAUUCCACCCGCUGGCUCCUGGAACUCCCGGAUCGGAAGCAGUACACCACAAAUGCCCUUGUCGACAACUACAUCUAUACCCUCGAGGAAUACACCGAGGAGGUUCGGAAGGCCGGAUUUGACAACUUCACCUUCAAUAUCGAAGCUUUCAUCAGCAGCUACAGAUAUACGCCUAUACGCGCAAAAUCCAAGUCCUCGGCGAAGACCGUCCUGCGCUGCGAUCGCAGCGACGAGGGCGCCAAGCUCGAUAUGAUCCACAAGCACGUCGUCAAGGGCCACCGCGAAGGGGGUUUACCGGAUGUCAAUGGCAUCACGUCGUGGCGGGCGUCGACGGAGAGUCCGAGGUGUGAGGCCUGCGGCUGGGAAUUUGAGGAGGCAUAG